CCCUAAAAUUGUAAUCCAUUACUCGCAUCUAAGAAAUCCCAUCUUCGAUAAAACCUCCAAAUUCCUUAGUUAUAUUUAGCAAUGGCGCCAAAGGCUGAGAAGAAGCCCGCUGAGAAGAAGCCAGCGGCGGAGGAGAAGAAGGCCGAGAAAGCUCCGGCAGAGAAGAAGCCACGAGCCGAGAAGAAGCUUCCCAAAGACGCCUCCGAUAAGAAAAAGAAGAGAGCCAAGAAGAGCAUUGAGACUUACAAGAUCUACAUCUUCAAAGUCCUCAAGCAAGUACAUCCCGACAUCGGAAUCUCUAGCAAAGCCAUGGGGAUUAUGAACAGCUUCAUCAACGACAUUUUCGAGAAGCUCGCUCAGGAAUCCUCAAAGCUCGCUCGCUACAACAAGAAGCCGACUAUCACCUCUCGGGAGAUCCAAACGGCGGUGCGCCUUGUUCUUCCUGGUGAGCUGGCUAAACACGCUGUCUCUGAGGGUACCAAGGCUGUUACCAAGUUCACUAGAAAGAAGAAGCCCGCCGAGAAGAAGCCAGCGGCGGAGGAGAAGAAGGCCGAGAAAGCUCCGGCAGAGAAGAAGCCACGAGCCGAGAAGAAGCUUCCCAAAGACGCCUCCGAUAAGAAGAAGAAGAGAGCCAAGAAGAGCAUUGAGACUUACAAGAUCUACAUCUUCAAAGUCCUCAAGCAAGUUCAUCCCGACAUCGGAAUCUCUAGCAAAGCCAUGGGGAUUAUGAACAGCUUCAUCAACGACAUUUUCGAGAAGCUCGCUCAGGAAUCCUCAAAGCUCGCUCGCUACAACAAGAAGCCGACUAUCACCUCUCGGGAGAUCCAAACGGCGGUGCGCCUUGUUCUUCCUGGUGAGCUGGCUAAACACGCUGUCUCUGAGGGUACCAAGGCUGUUACCAAGUUCACUAGCUCUUAGUUUCAUAGAUUUUAGGGUUUUCUCGUGUAAAAAAACAGGGUCACUGUUCUGGAUCGUUGAUUUCUUUUUCUUUCGCUGCAUAUUUUGGAGUUAAAUGAAUGAACAGUUGGUUUAUAUUAUGCGAUUACUCUAUUGACCUUCUUGAUUUUUUA